AGAGGCAGCUGAGCCAACAACUUCGAUAUUCCCAUUUGUUGCUCUCCUUAAACGAUUCCGCGAAUUCGGUCAUUGAUUCCCCUUCUCUCUCUAGUGGUUAUUAUAUAAUUAUUAAACGGUUGCCUCCGCUGGUGACAUUUUGAGCUGGAGCGGCAGCUUGUGGAUAUGGUGGUGGCACACUUGUGUAUUUGUGUGUGUAUGUGGUGAGCGCGUGUGUGUCAGUGUGUGUGUGUGUGUGUGUGUGUGUGUGUGUGUGUGUGUAUGUGAUUUUAUGUCCUUUCGCGAUUCAGCUGCGAACACAGAACACCGUUGUCGGUGUGGACUCGGCCCAUACAGUCAUUGGUCUCCGAAGAGGAUCACAGUCGCGCUUUUCUUGAAAAACUCGAGCAAUAGGAAGGAGCUGAUUUUCAAGGUGUUGUUUGGCAAGAGAAAGAGCUCGAGAAUGUCCUUGUAUGAUUGGAGCCAAGUCUUUCCCGGUGUUUGGAGCACGGAAUUACCCCCGUGUUGAACUUGUUGCUGGUUCGUUUCAACCACUUUUCCAAGGGGAGAAUAUUCUGCAUACUUCUGUGUGCAGAGAGGAUUGUUUUAUAUUAGAAAGAGAACGGAAAUCUUUAUUUUUCAAACCAGUCGCUUUUACGCAGAGAUGUCCUCUCGCCGCGCUGUGGUUCUGUGAUCGUCCACCGGAGCGUCGAGAGCUCUUCACCCGGACCGGGUCGCACACAGUGGGUCACCAUGGCAGCGGGAGUGGCGGCGUGGUUACCAUUCGCCCGGGCGGCUGCUAUAGGAUGGAUGCCGGUAGCCAGUGCGCCCAUGCCGACGCCUCCACCUGACAACCGGCGAAAACAGGACGGGCUCAUCUUGCUCAAUGUCAGCGGUCAGAAGUUCCAGACGUGGCGGAAUACAUUGGAGCGGUACCCGGACACUUUACUGGGCAGCACGGAGCGGGAAUUCUUCUUCCACGAGGAGACAAAUGAAUACUUUUUCGACCGUGACCCGGAUAUUUUCAGACACAUUCUGAACUUCUAUCGUACCGGGAAGCUGCACUACCCGCGCCAGGAGUGCAUCUCGGCCUACGAUGAGGAGCUGGCUUUCUUUGGGAUCAUACCGGAGAUCAUAGGGGACUGCUGCUAUGAAGAGUACAAGGACCGGCGGCGGGAGAACCAGGAGAGAAUCCAGGAUGACGAGGACAGCGAGAACCAGAACGAUAUGGUCCCGCCGGAUAUGACAUUCAGAGAAACCAUGUGGCGAGCCUUCGAGAACCCCCACACGAGCACCAUGGCCCUGGUGUUUUAUUAUGUCACCGGCUUCUUCAUUGCAGUUUCCGUGAUGGCCAACGUGGUGGAGACGGUCCCGUGCGGGACUUUGCCAAAUCGGGUCAAACAGGUCUCGUGCGGGGAGCGGUAUGCCUUGGCAUUUUUCUGUCUGGAUACGGCCUGCGUCAUGAUCUUCACCGUGGAGUACCUACUGCGUCUAAUGGCGGCGCCCAGUCGCUGGAACUUCAUCAAGAGCGUGAUGAGCGUCAUCGAUGUGGUGGCCAUUAUGCCCUACUACAUUGGCCUGGUCAUGACGGACAACGAGGACGUCAGCGGGGCCUUCGUCACCCUGAGGGUCUUCCGGGUUUUCAGGAUUUUCAAAUUCUCCCGCCACUCUGCGGGGCUGCGCAUCCUGGGCUACACGCUGAAGAGCUGCGCCUCGGAGCUGGGCUUCCUGCUCUUCUCCCUCACCAUGGCCAUCAUCAUCUUCGCCACUGUCAUGUUCUACGCCGAGAAGGGCUCCUCAGCCAGCAAGUUCACCAGCAUCCCGGCCGCAUUCUGGUACACCAUCGUCACGAUGACAACUCUGGGAUAUGGAGACAUGGUUCCUAAGACCAUUGUAGGGAAGAUCGUUGGUUCUGUCUGUUCUCUGAGCGGUGUGUUGGUCAUCGCCCUGCCCGUGCCCGUCAUCGUGUCCAACUUCAGCCGCAUUUACCACCAGAGCCAGCGGGCAGACAAGAGACGCGCCCAAAAGAAAACCAAGCUUGGUAGAAUUGCCGCGAGGAAGAGUGGAGGGACUAACGCUUAUUUGCAGUAUAAAAGCAACGGGCUGCUGAGUGACCUCAUCGACGAGGCAUCAAAGGCAGCAGGCCAGGCGCUGGUGUGCAAGGCCAACCCCAUGUUCGAUACGCACCACAAUCAUCUAUUGCACUGCCUGGAGAAGACCACGAAUCAUGAGUUUGUGGAUGAGCAAACGUUUGAGACCAGCCUACUGGAGGUUUCCAUGGUGAAGCACCCUCCUCACUCCCCCUCCCUCUCCUCUGGCUCCUCCUCCCAAGGCCUGUCGUGCUGCUCGCGGCGCAACAAGAGGAAGAGCUUCAACGUGCCCAACUCCAACAUGACUGGUGGGCAUAGGAACAGCAUCCAGGAGCUUAGCACCAUCCACAUCAGAGAGAGACCCAUCACUAACAGUCGCUCCAAUCUGAACGCUAAGUUCGAGGAGACGGUGCCUCUGAACUGCAAGCAGCCCUACAUCACGGCGGCCGUCAUCACGCUGCCCACGCCGCCCGUCACCACGCCCGAGGACGACGGCUCUGCCUCCUCCCCCGACUACUCACAGGCCAACAUCGUCAGAGUGUCCGCCCUCUAGGGCCCUCGCCUCCCCACCAAACCACCAUCAUCACCAUGGCAACCCUAUCACGGAGAGAGAGAGAUAGAGAGAGUUAAAGAAGAGAGACUCUUCCCUGCUCCAAUCAGAGAACGGUGUUUGCAGGGGGGAAGGGGUCAGGGGAGGUGUGGUGUGGUGGUUAGGGGGGACAGUUUAGGCUGCAGGACCCUUUUUGUUUUCCUACACGUAGCUACUACACGUCUGCUCUUGUGGUGAAAUAAAGUUGCAGUGUGAAGCUGCAGCACAAAGCUCCGCCUUGGAUUUUUUUGGUGGGGAGAGACUGCGUUGCCGUGGCGACUGAGAUUAGCGCCUUACAAAGGACACACAACUGGAGAGCAUUUAGCCACCUUGUCUAACUGCAGCUACUCCCUAGCCACCUUGUCUAACUGCAGCUACUCCCUAGCCACCUUGUCUAACUGCAGCUACUCCCUAGCCACCUUGUCUAACUGCAGCUACUCCCUAGCCACCUUGUCUAACUGCAGCUACUCCCUAGCCACCUUGUCUAACUGCAGCUACUCCCUCCAAACACUCUCCAAGGGAAAACUUACCAUUACUAUUUUUUUCUAUAUUGUGUGUCUUUAAAUGUGAUGUCUUAAAACCGAAAUGGGGGAGGUGGAAUUUGUAUUGGUUUUUAUUGUUUGUUAAGGCCAUGAGUUUUGACUAGAGCAAAUGUAUAUUUGCCAUGUUCUGAAAUGUGUGGAGUAGGAGAGAAAAGAAAAAGUCAUUUAAAACAUUUUGACAAAAAGGAGAGCAAGGGGGUGUAUGCACUGUGUGUACAUAUUUUCCUACCUUAUCAGGACCAGAAUGUCCGGACAAGGUAACAAAACAAGAACAUGUUUGAAAAGUCAGGACUGAAUUUGUUAAAAUUCAAUUUUAGGCUUAAGGGUUAGUUUUAUGGUUUGGGGUUAAGGUUAGGGUUACGUUUAAGGUUAGGGUUAGGAGUUAAGGUUUAGGGUUAAAGGUUUGUGGUUAAGGUUAGGGUUAAGGUUAGGUUAAGGGCAGAGUAUGCAAGUGAAGUGGAACGGAGCUGGAGCGUAGCGAGGAGCGGAGCGUGCUCAAUUUGACUGGAGCGCAGAGCGCGAUUCUCAAAGGCUGGAGCGUCAUCCUUCUUGCCCAAUCCAAUUUUGUAGCGCUCAUUCUCCAGUAGCGCUCAUUUCACUAGCCCAGGGCAUGCCCGAGUAAGCACGCAUGUUUAGUCUACUUGUGUGCUGCUAUAGCCCCUUUCUUUAGCUACUGACAGCUGCAAAAUCAAGGUGACUUAUAAAGAUGACGGCCUAGAGCAAGAGAGGGAGUGCAGUGAUGUAGUGUGCAGUGAUGUGUCCACAACUAAAGAAUCAUAGUGGAAUCUGAAAAGACACAUAUCCCGAAAGUAUGAUGGUGUACUUAUGACGUGCACAUGCUAAAAGAAAGGAACGAGUGGGUAGCUCAUUAAGUGUGUCAUUGUAGCAAGGUAUUUAUAAGCUAGAAAUCAGAUCUCUUAAAAGUUUCCGUCAUUUUUGCUUUAUUCAUACAAUAGUCCCUACUUGAUUUUGUCCCAAAAGACCUGGCAUAUUCCAACUGUCAAGGAGCUUUCCGUUUUGGUUGGGUUAUUUUGCCUAAAAAACUUGUAGUGGUGGAAAAGUACCUUAUUGUCAGACUUGAGUAAAAGUAAAGAUACCUUAAUAGAAAAUGACUAAAGUAAAAGUGAAUUCAUCCAGUAAAGUAGUACUUGAGUAAAGUACUUGGUUUUUAAUAUACUUAAGUUCAAAAGUAAAAGUAUAAAUCAUUUCAAAUUGAUUAUAUUAUUAUAUAAUUAUAUGAUUAUAUGAAUAUAUUAUUAUUAUUUAAUUUACGGAUAGCCAGGGGCUAUCCCCAACACUCAGACAUAAUUUACAAAUUAAGCAUGUCUAUUUAGUGAGUCCGCCAGAUCAGAGGCAGUAGCGAUGACCAGGAAAGGUAUCUUGAUAAACACAUACAUUGGACAAUUGUCCUGUCCUGCUCAGCAUUCAAAAUAUAGUGAGCACUUUUGGGUGUCAGGGAAAAUGUAUGGAUUAAAAUGAUUGUCUUUCGUAAAAGUAAAAGUUGUCAAAAAUAGAAAUUGUAAAGUACAGAUACCCCCAAAAACUUCUUAAGUACUUUACAACACUGCCUUUAGGCCUACCUAUGGAAGAAGAAAAAAAACUCUGCCCAGCCUAGCAAGGGUGGACAAAAGGAUGUUUACCAUCCACAGUGGCUUUGAAGCACGGAUAGAGCGCUUAACGUCCUUGUCUUCCUACCAGCCAAGUGUGUCGCAUUCGCAAAUGCGUCACAAUGCAUUUCUUUGUAGGCUAUAGCCUUGAAAUAAUUGAAAUAAUAUAGCCUAAGUACUUCAUUUCCGUUCCUUAUUAGGCUUCCUGUCUGGCUCCUGACCUAUUUCGAGUGUUAAUCAGUGUUGUAGUACUCGAGUCUCAAGUCCGGUCUCGAGACCACGUAUUGAGUGUCUUGGUCUUGUCUCGGUGUCGGAAACAUCUGUACUCUGUCUUGACUCGGUCUAGGACAGUGAGGACUCAAAUUUCUCCCGAGACCAGCUGAGACCAGCGAAGUAAAAAAAACGAGUAAUAUCAGCUUCAAUUCAAUCAGCGCAUAAAUCUGCUUCGCCAGGCCAAAUAUACACUCAUUUCUUGAAACAUUAGUACAGUAUGUUAACAUACUUUCUAUAUAUUACAGACAUGUUUGCGCAGUGGCGAACCUAUAGGCCUUCGGUGUGUGACAGGUUCGUGAUUCUGAAAGAACAGCAACCGUAAUACCAUGCUAUUCGCAGGUAUAAACCGUAUACCCACUUUUUUUCAGUGGGCAUUAUGUAUACUGACUGCUUAUUAAUCCCUACUGGUGCAUACCAAAGUAGUGUAGUGGAGGUACACGAUGUAUCAAUUAUGUGGUACAAUAGAGAAAUCAUGCACAAAGUAGCCUACACAAUCACAAGUGUUGGUUAGUAGGCAAUUUUUGAUGCGCAAUUGUCAUCAUGUUCUGCUUGCAUCAGGAGCAUAGACAUGGAUGGGCCUGGGUGGACAGAACCACCCACUGGGGAGUCAAGCUCACAGGCUUACCCAAUCAGAUUGAUGUAGUUUAAGCAUUGUUGUGGACUUAGACCUUACAUUUUUGUGUUUUUUCAAAUUUUGAGAGUGAAAAUAUGAAACAUCUAUUGGAAAACACAGGUUGCCAUUCCUUCGCUGGGCGGGGGCGAUUGGAACUGUGUAGCAAAAUGUGAGUAUACCCACUUCUCCAGGUACCAACCACUACGCCACUGCUUAGGGCUGAUGGAAAGACAGCAGUCACACACAGCAUGGUGAUAAAGGAUAAGCAGUCCAUAAACCCGGACAUAAUAAGCCAGUAGGUCCCAAUCAUAAGACUACAAAACACAACCAUUAAGCAUUUCCCAAUCAAAAUGUACAACUAUUUGUUGUACAUUUUGUAAAAACAUUCCAGGUUUAGCACCUAUGACAGUGGAACUGACAGCGUUUUAACUACUUUGCAGACAUAAAACAUACAGACAAUCAUAAUAUCAGUCAAAAAUAUAAAACUCCCAGUUUAUGCUACAAAACCAACUUUAUAAGAGAUUUUAAAAAUAGUUUACACUUGACUCAACGUUCCAUGACUUGCACUAAGGCAUUGUUGGCAGAAUAGAUGGAUGCAGUUCAAUGCAUAAUGAAUAUAAUGAGUGACUGACUUUUCCCCCUCAUUGUUUUUCGGUGGCUAAACACAGCUACACAUGCAGGUGUCAUUUGGUUACCUAGCAAGAACUUGAGUGUGUUAUCCAGUUAGUGUACAGUUGAAGUCGGAAAUGUACAUACACCUUAGCCAAAUACAUUUAAACUCAGUUUUUCACAAUUCCUGACAUUUAAUCCUAGAAACAAAUCCCUGUUUUACGUCAGAUAG